UGUUACCUAGUGCAGACGACAUCGUGUAAAGCAGAACAUUUCGCGUAAUGUAGUUUAAGAUGUUUAGGUUUCUAAAUUUAAUCCUAAAUCCGUGAAAUUGUGAAUAAAAAAGUACAAGUUUCGUGUAAAUAUGAAGUAUAGUAUGAAUGCUAAGUAUGAACAACUAUCUAAAAGAAGUUCCGGCUCAUUGAUUGAUGACGAGAGCAUCGGUUCUCCUGGGAGUCAAAGUUCUGGAAAGUGGUUUAGUAUGGAGAAUGAAUUUGAAACCGUGUUGGAUCCUUUGAUUUCUGAUGAUGUGGCAGAGGAAGAGAUGUGGCUGGGGACGACAGAGGCGGCCACGCUGGGAGCGGAGGAGGUGGCGGCCCGGCUCCGAGUGGACCUGCGCAACGGCCUGUGGUGGCGCGAGGCGGAACUGCGCAGACAGCUGGCUGGUCACAACGAGUUCUGCGUCAAGGAGGAGGAUCCACUGUGGAAGAAAUACAUUGAACAGUUCAAAAACCCCCUGAUUCUUCUUCUCCUUGCAUCUGCGUUAGUGAGUGUUUGUAUGAGGCAGCUCGACGAUGCUGUUAGCAUCACUGUCGCCAUCAUUAUUGUUGUGAUUGCAUUCGUACAGGAAUAUCGGUCGGAGAAAUCUCUGGAAGAGUUGACGAAACUCGUCCCACCUACAUGCCAUUGUCUAAGGGAAGGUAGGUUGGAGACGUUUCUUGCCAGAGAGUUAGUACCAGGUGAUGUCGUCCAUCUCAACGUGGGAGACCGCGUACCUGCUGACAUCAGACUGUUUGAGGCAAUUGACCUGGCUGUUGAUGAGAGCAGCUUUACGGGAGAGACCGAGCCGUCCGCCAAGAUCACGGCUCCGAUUCUCAAGACUAACGGCCACUCGAGCAUGAAGAACAUCGCCUUCAUGGGCACACUGGUGCGAUGUGGCAACGGCAAGGGUCUCGUGGUCAACACUGGGGAGAAAAGUGAGUUCGGAGAGGUGUUCAAGAUGAUGCAGGCAGAGGAGGCCCCCAAGACACCACUACAGAAGAGUAUGGACAUCCUGGGUACACAGCUUUCAUUGUACAGUUUCUGUAUUAUUGGCCUGAUCAUGGGUAUCGGCUGGCUUCAGGGAAAGGCUAUUCUAGAAAUGUUCACUAUUGGUGUCAGUCUGGCAGUAGCAGCUAUACCUGAAGGACUUCCCAUCGUAGUCACAGUCACUCUGGCAUUGGGAGUCAUGAGGAUGGCGAAGAGAAAAGCAAUCAUCAAGAAACUCCCCACCGUAGAAACUCUGGGUUGUGUCAGUGUGAUAUGUUCAGACAAGACUGGGACCAUCACCAAGAAUGAGAUGACUGUCACUGUCAUAGUCACAGCUGAUGGACAUUUGGCUGAGGUGUCAGGCGCUGGAUACAAUGACCAGGGUGAGAUCCACAUCCACAAGUGUGACAGCGUGGAUAAGGCUCGUGAAUCCAUCUACAGGCUUCUUGAGGUUGGAUGUGUUUGUAAUAACGCUGUGAUCAACGGAGAGACGCUGCUCGGUCAACCGACGGAAGGCGCUCUUCUAGCUGUAGCAAAUAAGAACAACAUGUAUGGAGUGGCGGAGAAGUAUGUGAGGCUACAGGAAUAUCCCUUUAGCUCUGAACAGAAGAUGAUGGCAGUCAAAGUGGUGCCUAAGUAUGACGAUAACAAGGAAGACAUUUUCUUUGUGAAGGGAGCUCUAGAGAAGGUGCUUCAGCAGUGUACCAAGUACAUGAGCAAUGGCACCACACAGCCUCUGAAUGUCAAGAAGGAACAAGAGUAUCUGGCGGAGGCCUACGAGAUUGGCAGGAAGGGGCUUAGAGUGGUUGGGCUGGCACGAGGUAGCAGUCUGCAAGAUCUGGUAUACAUGGGGCUAGUGGGCAUCUGUGACCCUCCACGACCUUUUGUACGAGAGUCCAUACAGACGCUGCUACAGAGUGGGGUCAAGGUCAAGAUGGUGACUGGGGACGCGCAAGAGACAGCUGUGGCAAUUGCCAGUAUGAUAGGACUGGAUGUUAUACAUGGACAGGUGCUCAGUGGAGACCAGAUAGACCAGAUGUCAGAACAUCAGCUAGAGCAGAUAGUGGGCAAUGUCACUGUGUUCUACAGAGUAACUCCCAGACACAAACUGUGCAUUGUCAAGGCGUUCCAGAGGGCAGGAGUGAUAGUAGCGAUGACUGGCGAUGGAGUGAAUGACGGAGUAGCUCUCAAGCGAGCGGACAUUGGGAUAGCGAUGGGCAAGAAUGGCACAGACGUGUGUAAGGAAGCAGCAGACAUGAUACUGGUGGACGACGAUUUCAACACGAUCAUAGCUGCUAUUGAGGAAGGUAAGGCAAUAUUCUACAACAUCCGCAACUUUGUGAGAUUCCAGCUGAGUACAAGCAUUGCUGCGUUGUCUCUCAUUGCGCUGGCUACCAUCAUGGGCAUCCCGAACCCUCUCAACGCCAUGCAGAUCCUGUGGAUAAACAUCAUCAUGGACGGCCCUCCGGCUCAGAGUCUGGGAGUUGAACCCGUUGAUUCUGACGUUGUCAAGCAGAGACCUCGUAAUCCCAAGGAACCAAUGAUCACUCGUCAGUUGAUAACUAACGUGUUGCUCUCUGCGUCCAUCAUCAUCUUUGGCACUCUGUGGGUCUUCAAGCGAGAGAUGAGUGACAACAUUAUCACCCCGAGAGAUACAACAAUGACCUUCACAUGUUUCGUAUUCUUUGACAUGUUCAACGCUCUAAGCUGCCGUUCACAGACAAAGUCCGUGUUCACCAUUGGUCUGUUCACCAACCGCAUGUUCCUGUUGGCUGUCAUGUUCUCUGUGGUUGGUCAGCUGUUGGUGAUCUACGCUCCUCCUCUACAGGUCGUGUUCCAGACUGAAGCCCUCACGCUGCAAGAUAUAGUGUUUCUCGUCUCACUGACGUCUACAGUGUUCAUCUUCUCGGAGAUCAAGAAGCUGAUUGAAAGGUCGUGUGAACGACGUCUGCGACAACCCAAAAGUGCGAUGGACUUCGUAUGACAUCAGACUUCUCCCAGAGGCAAGACUAGGCGAGAUUAACCCUCAUAACAUACAAUGUUAUUUAUUCUGUUUUUACUCUAAAUAGUUUUAAUUAUCGAUUUGUUUUGACGCAGACUAAAGUGUUGAAUCUGCUUGAAUUGUUUGGCUGUUAUAAUGGUGGAAUCGUGUAAACUCUCUUUAGCUUUUCUAAUGUGGACUCGAAAGUUUUUGAAGAAAAUUUACUGUAAUUCACCAUACGAGUUAUCAAAGAUUGUACUACUUGGGUACAACGAUUUUGCAAUAAGUCAAUCAAUGACUUGAUUAUAACCUUUUUUUAAUGUGUUUAGCAAUAAAUUGUAUAUGUGUAUGGAUAAAAAUUUAGAGUUCUUAGACGUUACAGAGUUCUUAGACAAAGAGUUGCAUCUUCUUUCACAUAAAUAAAAACAUCAAAAUUAUAUAUUUUUUCCAACACACCAAUCAACUCUUUCAAAAAGUUGACUAAACAGUUUUGUGUUGGGAUCGCUCUUCCUUAAUUUAAUCAUAAUUAUAGUUCAUUUGUCGUAUUGAUAAGGUGUCAGAUAUAACGCUAAACAUUGUUCUUUUGACAUUUUUUUCAGAAAAAUUUUACUUGUACAGUAUUAAAAUUUAAUAUUACAAAAAAUACUACUUGUGUUUAGAGUCUUAUAAGUAUGAUCAGACUCUCUACAACAUUUACACAAUUUAACUACCUAACAAUGACUCCUUCUAGUAGUACUUAACUAAAGUUCCACAACGGCAAUACGAUUCAGACGGUCAACACUUUGGUCUCUUGUAUAUAUUUAGUUAAGGGUUAGUAGUUUUUAAGUUGAUUCGAUCUUGUCCGUGUAAUGUUUUGUACUUAUGUUUCCCUCCUAGCGUUCCUCCCCCUGGUAGUGUAGCACACAUAGUACCAACUGUCCCAACCUUAAAACUACACAGCGCCAUAAAUGUACAUUCCAGAUCCCUCCCCACAGUUUCCUUACUGUUUCAUCUUUGAUCAAAUCAUCACCAAGUCAUUCUAUUCUAGCUUUUCAACAGGGUGUCCUGUAUGAAUUUUGUAUUUUUUAAUCGUACUAGCAGCUUUGUGUAUUGUUUUGUCUAUUUUAUGUUCUUUUAUAGAUGUUAUAUAAAUUGUGAUUUUAGUAAUUACCAUUUUCGUGCUCAUUUAAAUGAAAACAAUUACUUACGACGUAACAUUCGAUAUUGUCAUUAGUAUCAAAAAUAUUUUUAUUAAAUUUUAUUUCUUUAAUUUUGUUUUCUUUCUAACCUACUGAUAGUUUAAGUAUACUUGUUUUUAUCGAUGCAUUUUGGUUUAAAAGACAAUUGCAUUUAAGAAAUUUGAGUAUUUUUUUACUUAGUGUGAUGUAUGCUGAAAUUUGUAUUUUUAAUUAAGUGAUGAUAGUUUUAAGAGGGGUUUUUUGAUUGCAUAAUUGUGCUGGUGCAAUCGCUGUCAAAACCCAUGCCAAAAACCGAUCAUGAGUUGUGUUUAGAAUAAGCAAACAUUAUUAUAUAAUAGAAACAAAUUUGUGAUCAUAGUUUCCUAAUGUAAUUGAAUUAAAAUUUUAUUUUUA